GAUUUCACAGGGAUGUGCAUGGUUCCAUAUAAAAUCAUACUAGAUCUUUAAACCCUUCAACCUUGGGAAAAGAAUCCCACAACGUUUCUGAUCCAGGAAGAACUAGCAGUGAGAAGCAGCUACCUUUUCCAGAAACUGGUUAACUCCGAGAGAGCAGAGGCACCGCAAAUCCGAAAGCUCCCAUUCUUCCGGGUUGCUCCCAAGCUCCGCCUUCUCUAAAGAGGCGCGUUAGUCCGUUUGAAUCCUAACCAACUCCUCUUUAGCGCCGCCCUUGAGUGUUUUUGCCCCGCGCUCUUUAGUUGGUUUCCCGGCUCCUCGUACGCCGAGGAAAGAGUUUAGUGGAGUGAUUCUGCCCUAAGCGAGAUUCACUUUGUAAAAACACUGUUUGUGUUUUUUAUUGUUGUGAUGGGGUCAGAAAGUCUCAUGAUCCUUUAUGAAGAUAAUUCAGUGGAAGUCCACUAUCCAGAUGCUUCCAGAUUGCUCCUUUCUUCAUGUGGAUCAGAGUUCUUAUUUGAAAAGGCUGUUCCUCCCUCUGCUCACCCAGUGCAGCCACCGGAAAGAGUUCGUCAGAGGACACCGUUUGCUAUUAGUCUCUAUCGGGAACAGCUCUUGCGGGCAAUAGAUUUCCGAAAUCAAUAUUCUGAGCGACCCUAUUUACCUUCAGACAUUAUACCUCCAGAAAAGAAACAUGUUAUUUUCACAGAUGUCACUGAAGCCCAAUGGCCUGGCCUUCAUGCGGCUAAUGAAGAAAUGUGUCUGCUAAAUGGCAAUGUGAAAGUCACGUCUUUAGAUGGACAUGCUUCUCUUCUUUUACCAGAGCUUCAGCAAGAAUUCACGGUGGAGUUUUUAUGCAAAGUAAGCAAGGGACUAUCAACCCCAUUAUCGUUUUCAAAGAGGAGCUCCUGUAAGUCAACCCAAGAAUGUUACAAAAGUUCCAGCCAAAGCUCUGACUUAAAAAUGUGUUCAAGGCUGCUAGGGACAAAAAUGAAGGACGAUGUAAGUAUAGAACAUUGUGUACAAGAGAACAAUUCAAGUGCUGUGCAAAAAGAUAAGAUAUCUCAGUCUUCCCAGAAGAGUUUAUUUGAAUAUUGUAGGGUUAUACAGCAUAUAUCAGUAUCAUCCUGCCCUGAAGAAUGGAAGUACCCUUUGUCAUUAGCAUUAAGAAUCAAUCAAUCAUAUAAUGGAAAUGAAGUUGGCUCUAAUAAAAGAAAGAAUGAAGUUGAUAGCCUAAGCCUGGAUCUUGCUAAUGAAUGCAGAAUGGCUAACACAGUUACUUAUUUACCUUCAGCUUUACCUCUCAGUUGUCAUGCUCCAUUUCUACACAGGUGGGUCUUCACUGAUUUUUUUGGACAAAAACAGGAAGAGGAUGGAUAUCACUCAUACUCACAGCCUAUCAAAGUACUUUGGAGCAAGGGUAUUAUUUACAGGUUUUCUCUUGGACUUAGAAGCAUAGAAAUUUAUCCUGGUGAUGGAUCAGUCUUUAAAUCAGGAGGUUUCUUUUUGGGAAAAUACUUCACUCGUUAUUGUAUUAAUCAACAAACGAAACAGAGAGAAGAAACCAUGUACUCUGUAAGCGGCCUACCACCUGAUGUCCCCGGGAGUCUCUACUCUGUACGGACAAUUAUAACACAAUCAGUAAGAGUUCUUCAACAUGAUCUUGAAAACAUGCUUUCCUUAACACAUAAUUAUAAUGUUUGCUGCUGGAAAUUGUCUUCUGAAACAGGUGGAAGAACAGUGUUACCACUCCCUGUGGCUGAAACAUUUGUUUCUAAUGUAGGAAGAUUCUUUGCAUAUUCAGAUAAGAAAGUAUAUGCUAUAUUUUGUGAUGGGACAGUGCUGAAUAUGGAGUGGGAUUUCAGUUUUCACUCUGGAAGAUCACAGAAUCCUCAAGAGAACAACGCAGGUUGGUGUAAACUGACUUGUCCUGAAGGAGCACAACAGCUUUUCCAGAUUGAUCAUCCUGGGCCCUAUGAGAGAUAUAUCACAACAGUGGUGGAAUGGUGCAAAAGCCUGAACAAGGACAAAGGGUCAUGUAUCAAUACAAAAGAAUCCAUUGAAGAACAAAGCUGGUCAGUUGCUGCUGAGCUCGAAAAAAUAAGACGAUUCAAUUUUUUAGUCGAGAACAGCAAUAUUCCAGGUAGGAUUUCAGCUGUGGGAAGAAAUCUGUCAUCCAACCUAGAUACAGAAAGUGUAUCAGAAGUCUUUUUGGCAGAGGAUGUCUGUCUCAAGAACAUAACUGAGUCUCUGGAAAAAACUUUGAAAGUUAUAAAUGAUAUUGACUCUCUUCUGGCUUCUUCCACAAAGUGUACUAUUGGAAUCAAAAAUAUUUCAAAGAAAGCUGUCCAUCUUUAAUCUGACUGGAAAAACAAAAGUCACUAACUUCACAGAUGAUUAUAUAAGAUUUAUAUAAAUUAUGACAAAACAAUUUAUUUUUAAAAGACUAAAUAUUCAGAUUACAAAGAAAUGUGAAAUGUGGCUUCACUGAGAUUCUCAUAUUCAAAUAAAAUUUACCAUGCAUGGAUAUUUUGCACUAUUGAUUUGUUUUUUUAUAGUUUUUCCAAUAUUCUUCAAAGUCCACAAAAAGGCCUAAUGAAGUCAAUAUGUUCUAAUCAAAGUGGUAUAAUAUUGAUUUAUAGCAUGUGCAUUUAUUUAAUGUAGCACUAUCACUUUCCACUCAUCCACUGUAAAUCACUUAGGUUACAUGGGUAAUGUAGAAAUUGGAUGGAUGGAUGGACAGACAGAUAGGACAGAGAAAGAGAAAACCCAAUGGGGAAUAGGACCAAAAUUAUUGCAUAGGAAGAGGAAGAAAUACAGAUAUAAAUUGAUUUAAUUGGUAAAAAUGAAGGUAGCAGAAACCAGGAAUAGGUCUUAAGUAGAAUAUUAAAAUAACAUUAAUAGGGUUGGGUUUUAAGGUGGAUCACAGAUUAUAUACAGCAGAAAUUAUAUAACUAAACAGUUAACAGGACAGAUAAGGAGUAUUGGAAAGGGUAGAAUAAUCAUACAAAUAAGUUCACACAUUUUGAUGAGU